UCUUCUCGGCGUCCGCCAGUUUAUUGUGUUCAUCAUGGCUUCGACGGAAUCUCUGGUGUGCGACACUCUAGAUCUGAGCGGCCAGGGUCUCAAGAAACUCAGCCGGUGUCCUUCGGACGCUGAUAUCAGCACGUUGAUUAUAGACGAUAAUGACUUACAGCGGCUUGAUAAUCUGGAUUCUUAUCACAGAAUUACCAAGCUUUCGAUAGUCCGAAACCAAUUACUACGGAUGUAUGGUGUGUCCAAAUUACAUAAUCUUGUUACCCUCAAUCUGGCUAACAAUGGUAUACUCACAAUAGAAGGCAUCAAGGACAUGACUAAUUUGCAAACGCUCUGUCUAGCAGGUAACAAUAUCAAGUCAAUCGAACAUCUGCACACGAAUAUCAAGCUGGAACAUCUGGAUUUAUCUGAGAAUAGCAUCAGCCAUAUUUCAGACAUCUCUUAUUUACGGAAUUUAAAGGAACUUUUCCUGCAUAACAACCGCAUAAUAACGCUGCGUCAGUGUGAGCGCUACUUGCCCACGUCUCUAGAAACAUUCACAUUGGCAAAUAACAAUAUCACCGACUUGAAUGAAAUGUCACACUUGGCUAAUCUCAAGAAUGUGGUGAAUUUCUCAAUUGCUAACAAUCCGUGUGUCAGUAUAACAGGUAACAUUUAUAGUGGGUUUGACUACCGGCCCUUCGUUAUUAAUUGGUGUAUGAGCUUAAAAUCGAUCGACGGUUAUGCAGUCGAUCCUAUCGAAAGCUUGAAAGCAGAGUGGCUAUAUUCUCAGGGACGAGGUAGACAAUUCCGCGUCGGCGAACACGCGUUGCUCGCACAAUAUCUAGCGUCCGUCUGUCCGCUCUCGGGGGAGUCGUUAGAGAACGAAACGGACAGGAAGCUUAGACUGAUACUGAGCAAAGCUCAGCACCACCAACAGCAAUUGAAUCAACAGAGCGAUGCCGGGAGCGUGCACAGCUUGAGUAGCGUGGCGAUGAGCCCAUCCCCAGCCGCUAGACGUAGACUUAGCCAUAACAGGACAAAUUCUCCCAGACGACCUAGUUCGUCGAGAAAUUUGAAAAUGAAAUCGCCGGACCGAAUGGUAUCCAGCUGUCAUACGGACGCUAUGGUCUCCUCGUGUCAUGCUUUGUUAAGCGGCGAUCACGACUCCAACCUGAUGACCCAAAGCUUGGAUCCUAACAUGCUCUGCGGUACGUUGAGCAACAAGACGAUGAAUAACUCUUUGCAAGACAUGGAAGAAACAUCGAGCCCGUUGCAAGCAGCUACGAAACUGGUGCCGGUACCGGAGUCUCUGAUGAGUCCGGACUUCCGUCCACCGUCCGGCCUUUCCCGGAUCUUGCCCAAGACACCGCCGAGCAAACUGAGCUCCCCGUGUCAGGUCACGAUACCCAGCAAGCCGUCUCUGGACGGUGACGGGAAGGCGAUACCGAUCAUAAACACGGUGAAUCCCAUGGCGAAGACGAGUCUGAGCGCUCUCAAAGCGAAUGCGCUCAUAAAGAGCAAUUCCGCGACGAAUUGCAGCAGCAUCGUGAAAGCGAGUAUAGCCAAGCCGAUCGUGACCUACGCCAACACCGGCAAAUGUCCGCACAGUGUGAAGAUCAACAAUUACGUUCAGAGCAAAACCUUGCCCGCGAAGAGGAGUAUGAAGGGCUCGAAUCUGGUCAGGAUUAUACAGCGGCCGAAAAGCGCGGGCGAGAGGAUGAAGAGUAAUUUGAACAAGAUGGAGAAAGACGGGGACGUCGAUAACGGUACUCAGAGCAGCGACGAGGACAGCGAGGUGUGUCAAGCGAAAUUGGACAGCAUUCGGCAUAGAGCUAUUCAAAGAAGGCAGGAGGACAGUAAUAAAGAUCAAGACCAAGCAGAGAAGGCUGCCAUCUGCAUUCAGAGGAUGUGGCGAGGCUAUCACACGAGGAACCUUAAUAGCAAAGCUACUAACAUAUUAAAAACGAUCGAUAUGAUCAGAACGAAUAAAUACAUCCAAAAAUUAUCGACUGACAUGGAAGCUACGAGGACUGCUUUGGAAAGCGAGCACAAGUUGCAGUUGCUACAGAUGCAAGCGAUUAAUGCGUUGUGGAAGAAAGUCGUCAGUCUCCAACCGGGUAGCAAUCGAGAGAACGCCUUUAACGACACGGACAACGCGCUGCAACCGAAUACGGAUGUGGUUACCAAUCUCGCGCAAACGUGCAACUUGCUUCAUACUCAGGUCCAGCAAUUGCAAGAUUCCAUGUCGGAGAUAAAACGUUGCAUGUCCAACAUGAAGCCGAAGCCCGCUUUUGUCGACAACGGCGUGGCUACUCAAACCGAGAUAUCCGCCGUGCACACACCGGCCGGUGAGGAAAACACGUUUCCAUACGGGCGUCCUAACAGACCGCAGAGUCUACCGAUACAUCAAACGAUACAUGAAGGAAACGAGAACAAGAGCUUCGCGUCCAAUUUGGUGGACAGCGUGCUGAAGAAGGUCUCGCAGUCCACCGACACGACGGACGACGAGGUCAACACGGAUAUCUUGAAUUCGAACGAGAACCCGGACGCGUUGAAUUCGAUCGAGCAUCCCGAGAUGUUCAAGAGCUGCGAGGAGAUAAUAGAAUCCGAUUUCAAGGAAGCGGUUGAGAACGAGGCGACAGACGAUUACGAGAACAUCAUCGAGAACGCGGCGAUAGACGGUGAGGUGUGCGAAGAGGCGUUGUGCAAGGAGUUGCAUAACCUGAUCGAGACGGAAAACGUGGCGGAGGAUUACGAGAACUGCGAGAAGGACAACGAGGUGAACGGGGACGACCAGCAAACCUGUUAGAUUUAACUAUAAUGAGUCGAGUUCGCGAAACCCAUAUGCCUUGUGAGUAACACAAUCACGAUAAGACGGUGAAAACGCGAGGAAGAAAGAUGGAUGUCUAAAAAAUGCUCACUGUAAAUAACGUCAAAAAAGAAGUAAUUUUAGUCGUAACGAUAUUAGAGAAAACGAUGUUAAUUUUAAUCGUGAAUUUUGUUACGAAACGGAUAUUUUCAUCACAAAUAAUAAGCUGCCAUUCUGUCCGAACAAAGCGUAAUUUAAAUGAGAGAGAGAGAGAGAGAGAGAGAGAGAGAGAGAGAGAGAGAGAGAGAGAGGGGGGGGGGAUUUUUGAGAGAACGAAGUUAUGUCAAUGACUGUAAAACAUCUGAGCCAUUUUGCGCAAACUAUUGUGUUAUGCGGUAAACCGUGUAUUGUCAUCAUUAAUAAGAAAUUCCGGAAAUUUUCCGUCCAUACGUCCAGCUGUUGGCAACAGAACGAAGCAUAUGUCAUCCAAUCGUGAAAAGCAUAGCAUGUAUCUUACUGAACUGACCGUUAUAGAAUCGUUCCCGAGAAAGCAUCCCGCUAAGUUCGGCCGUUGCUCCUCGAUAUGAGGUUUGUCUUCUGUCUCUGAACUAUAGGAUUGAAUUUUGUUUCUUUUUCCUUCAAUGUUAAGUUAUGCAGGGCGUCUCAGUUCAUGCGACUUCAAUUUUACCGAGAGGUUCUCUGAACAAUUUCAAGUUAACUUUUCCUCUACGGAAAUGCCGAGACACCAAUAGUUUCCGAGAUACAAGCGAUUGAAAAAAUCGAGCUUUUCGCGAACUACAUUUCGAGCGAUCCAAUGGACAACAGAAUUCCUUUCUCCGAUUUAUUUCAAACGUGCUUUAAUGUAACAAAAUUUUAAUCUGAGACUUGGCUGAAAAGAUAUGCUAAAGACUGAAAAACUGUCGUAAAUGAUGACCUCCCUCGAUAUUUUCACCAUGGAAAAAUUAACUUGGAAUUAUUCAGGAAAUCUCAGAUAAAAUUUAAGUCGUAAGAACUGAGACACCCUGUAUACUUGUCUUACUCUAAACGGUAAAAAGUGCAAUCUAGUUCAGAAACGGAACACAAACCUGUGAUUUCUCACCACAUCGGAAAACUACAUCUUAAAUUCUGGAGAAAGCUAAUUAACGUAAACCCUCGGAUCAAAGCAUUUUUGCACAAGAUAUGUAUUCAUUAUCCGUAAGACGCAAUUACAAUGUCCCCUCGGUUUCCAGUUUUUUCAACAAUACUUUAUACAUAUAUAUACACGUUUAGUAAUUAUUUAUUUAUUUAUUUAUUUGUCUAUACGGAAAAAAAAGGAAGAUUAGUUCUAAUAGAUACCGAAGAUAUUGAAAUAUUAGAAAAGAUACCAGAGGUCGUACGAUCUAGUCAAUAGCUUUUACAUUUAGGUACACUGUAGAUAUUUACUCAAGGAUUGUUAUGUAGAUAUUACUCAACUUUACGAAAUAAACAUUGUGAGAAACUUUCAUUAAAAGUAUGCGAAAUUACGAGUAGUUGAAAAGCACGAUUUGAAUCACACUGGAGAAGCGUGACUCCGUUUCUGUGACUAUUGAUUGUCGAUAUUUGCGUGCGAUAAAUGUUGAAUGAAUAAUUUAAUAAUCCGCAAAUAUACACGCGAGCUUACUGAAUUGACACUGUGUAUCGGCUGCAGCAUAUUCUACUGAUAAUAUUUGAAUGCCUGAGAAAUUUUUAAAAUAGUUCAGGAUAUGUCAGUGAACUGCGAGAUAAACGGUUCGUGCGUGUCUAAUUAACGUAACUUUCAAGAUAUUUAUAGCAAUGUUUGCUUUAACAAGAGGAUACGCUUGAGCUUAAAUUUAUAUUCUUCAUUCCUGUGAUUUUUCAAGGGACACAUACGACCGUGAUAUAAUUAUAGCCAAUGAAAAAAAGAUAGAAAAUACGGGUUGGAUAGAGUCAUUCAUAAAACGAGAAUGUAGAGGCAUAUUCAGUGUUGUAUUUAUUUUUCAUUCGCUAACUACCCGUAAUUUGUACGGUCUCGUGUCUUAUUAAAGACAAUAUACGUCGAUUAUUACAUAUUUACAUUGUAUUUUAAAUUGGUUUUAAAAAAAUAUACAGACAGUACGUUAUAUAUAUAAUUU